CCGUUGGAAAGGUAACCGCCGCGGGAGGAUGGCCUCCAGCUUUAAGAGGCCGAGCGUGGCCUCUACCAGCCAGAAAAGAAAGACGAGUCCUAAGCCUGAGCUCACUGAAGGGCAGAAGCAGGAGGUGCGCGAGGCCUUCGACCUCUUCGACGCCGACGGCAGCGGCACCAUCGACGUGAAGGAGCUGAAGGUGGCCAUGCGGGCGCUGGGCUUCGAGCCCAGGAAGGACGAGAUGAAGAAGAUGAUCUCCGAGGUGGACAAGGAAGGCACCGGCAAGAUCAGCUUCAACGACUUCUUGGCCGUGAUGACUCAGAAGAUGGCCGAGAAGGACACCAAGGAAGAAAUUCUCAAGGCUUUCAGGCUCUUCGACGACGAUGAAACCGGCAAGAUCUCUUUCAAAAACCUGAAGCGCGUGGCCACCGAGCUGGGGGAAAACCUCAACGACGAGGAGCUGCAGGAGAUGAUCGACGAGGCGGACCGCGACGGCGACGGCGAGGUCAACGAGGAGGAGUUUCUGCGGAUCAUGCAAAAGACCAACCUGUAUUAG